AUGAGUACAGCUGCUACUUCAAAUAGGGCACCGCAAAUAUCGCCAACGUCUUCCUCCGGUAGAGAAGGGGCUGUCGUGGCUUCAGCGUCUUAUAUUCAGGGUUAUCCCAGCCCUCGCGGCGACCGAGAACAGGCUCUAAGGGAUGGGCGUGGAUCUGCAGUGUCCUCUGGCGCACCAGUUUCAACCGGUGUACCUGAUAAGGUAGUGUCCCAUUCUGAUGACCAGGAAGAAGGUGAAAUUUCGGAGCAGCCAUGGUUUCAUGGGUCGUUAAAUCCGAAGAUAGCUUUCAGUCGUCUUUUAAAUAGUGGUUCCUUUCUAGUGACAAAUGACGAGCAUGAUCGAUCAUCAUUUUGUCUCUAUAUGAAGUGGAACGGUCGGUGUUUUAGAACUGAUAUUCCAUUCAAUCCAAUAACGAAGAAAUACAGCCUCGGAUCGGUUAAACGCAAUAGCGUUGUGGAUUUAUUAAACUUUUACAUAGUUAACCAGCUUCCUGUCAGUGAAGACAUUGGUGCCGUUCUUUUUUCACCCAUUGUCGUCCCUCGAUUCAGUAGUAUGAAUGAAUCUGAAACCUGCGUUCCUCUGGUCUUCGGUGGACUCAACCCGGGAGGGAGAGAUCUUGGCUCAUCCCAGUACGCUCCAACACCUCCAACUGGGCGCCGACUGAAUCGGAAGCGAAUUCGCUAUCUUCCUAUGAAUGAAAAGCCUUCUCACUAUGAAAAUUUUAAAUUAAACAAAUCUUUGGGUAAUCUCACCUCAAUCUACUGCGACCCGUCAAAUUUCUGUGGGAGUACACUAAGUCUACCGACAACCAGCUUCACCGAUCUCAUCAAUAAAGAUACGGCGUUUCAACAACUAACUGGAAUGUGCCAGGGUUUUGUGAACUAUGAUCUGGCACUCACAUUCUUAACAUUUAUCGAUGUUGCAAGGAUAUUGGACGAGGAUGCCUUCUAUUUUGUUGGGAAAAUCCUGUUGAAUGCCGGAGUUGAUGCAGUAGCUGCUUGUCUGGCCACUGAAACAGCAUCCAUUCUUACUCUCAGUUGGCUACCUGAUUCUGGAGAUAGCAUUUCACUGCCUUCUGAUGGCUACUCACUUUUACUCUGGCCUGCUGCCAAUGGGUAUCGCAGAGAUCUUUUCAAUAGGGACCGUUUUCUGUCACUAUUUCUUACCGCCUCAAUUGUCCUUCAAAAGGAGGUUGAUUCGAAAGCUGCACUGCUUGCUCUAUGGAUGGACGUUAUUGAGAAAUUAACAUUGUGUCACAAGGAUUACUUUACAGCAAAUGCUCUCGCAAACGGAAUCUGUGUUGAUCAGAUACUUAACCAGAAGAGUCUGUGGGAGCAAGCAUUUGGGUGCAAGGAGAACCCCGAGGCAGUAGAUAAAUUGAAAAGUCUCCUUUUGGAGCGUCGUGUUCAAGGGGCGAACUCCAUUGAAACAGCAGCCUCUUGCCUGGCUCAGAUAGAUGUAUGUGUGCCCAACAUAGCUCCACUGGUGGAAGAACUGUAUCGAGUUCAGCCUCCAGAUGUGGAUUCUGGAGGAAUCCCACCUGCCCCACUUUUGCAAAAACUAUCAGUCGCGAAAGGCGCCUACUCUCGCCAAAGGAAAAAUGGGGCAAUUUGCAUAGACCUCUGGGUAAAAAAGCAGUGGCUUGAGCUACAUACGAUCCAGAUACCAGAUGACCUUCAUUCUGCCCUUAAAACUGAGAAUUUGUUGCUUCUUUUGAUGGGACCUGUAGACAUUAGCCGAAAUGAUGUUCUAGAGGAUUACUGCAGGAAGCUGACAAAAACCCUUUCACUGCUCUCAGACUCUUGA